AUGCUUCGCGUAUUGCUCACUACAACAAGCGAUGGACCAUCUCGUCCCGCAGCAAUUCAGUCCGCUUUCCGGCCGGUCCUCCCAGGAGAGCUCGCCGAGCAUGCCGUGUCCAAUGGCACAAAGGCUGUCACCAAUUAUAUACUUUUAGAUAAAAAUUCUGCCUACUUUGUAAUUCUACUAAUCUCUAGAAACACAUUCUCAUUCAUUCUCGAUCAUCAUCCAGCGGAGCGCCGUUUUGUUUCGAUCAGUGAAAUCGACGAACGAGAAGCAGUUGCAGACGAAAUCGAUGGCUGUGAGCAGAAGUUAAAAUACGUGCAAGAUCAGAUAGCAGAGACGCAGACGGCGAUAGUUGAUAUGGACAGACCAGAUAAGGUAAUGUUUCACUUCCACUCAAUGCUUACAGUACAGUGUUUUCCUUUUGCUCUCUCCGAAUUGGCUGGCACCACAAAUGGUGCACAAAUUCUCCUCAUUGUUAGGAAAGGAGUGAUCGAACACUGCUCGAAUCUCGUUGAAGCUAAAUACCUUAUGCAACACUUAUUUAGCGCCUGCAUUGAUCACGCGGUGGCGGCUGCAAGAGCCGAUUCGCAGAAUAAGGAAUCUGAAGCACGUAUCCAGCAACUCGAACAACAGUCAUUUAUUAGUGAGCAGCUGCUUUCAACAGUCAUUGCUGAUAAAGAUCUUAUAAAUGAUGUGGAAGGAAUGCUCGAACAAAACUUGCAAAAGAAUUGCACCCCAUCAUCUGCAUCACUUCGCAACGGCAGCGUUUCGCCUAACCGUACUGAUUCAUCCGAACCACUCCCACAUAGAAUUCGGCGUCAUACUGCAUCUGCGGACGAGCUACUUUACCCUGCUGAUACAGUGGAGCCAGCGAAUCUCAAAGAGUUUGAUAAUACUGAUGUGGCAGAAGAAAACAGAGAUAAGAAACGGAAAGUGUGGGUUUUUUUAGGUGCUCCUAAGAAGGGUCAUCUUUUUUCCAAGAACGCUGCUUAA